UUCCCUGGAUCCGGAGGGUGAGCCGGCUGCCCUCGUGGGUCCACACCAUGGCCACCUGCUGGCAGGGCCUGUGGGCCUAUCGCUUCUACCUGAUUGUAUUCCUCCUACCCAUUUUCCUGCUCCCUCUGCCCAUCCUCAUCCCGACCAAGGAAGCCUACUGUGCCUACACCAUCAUCCUCAUGGCACUCCUCUGGUGCACCGAGGCUCUGCCGCUGGCCAUCACCGCCUUCCUCCCCACCGUCCUGUUCCCCAUGAUGGGCAUAAUGGAUGCUUCCAAGAGGAAACCGGUUUAUAUUAAAUGGCGGAUAACCCAAAGACCAUUUCCUUCUGGGUCCAAGAGCCCAGGGGAUCAACCUCUGCUUACGGGAGUAUCCGUGUCUGUACCCUGUAAGCCCAGAGGCACGGGGAGGGGAUGCUUCUCAACCGUCUCCGCCUGCCAGGUCAGCGUUGAGUACCUUAAGGACACCAACGUCCUAUUCAUCGGGGGGAUGCUGGUGGCCCUCGCCGUGGAGCAGUGGAAUCUGCACAAACGCAUUGCCCUCCGCGUGCUCCUCAUCAUCGGGGUGCGGCCCGCCCUGCUGAUCCUGGGCUUCAUGUUGGUCACGGCCUUCUUGUCCAUGUGGAUCAGCAACACGGCCACCACCGCCAUGAUGGUGCCCAUCGCCCACGCCGUUCUGGAGCAGCUGCACAAGAUGCCCACAGGCAAGGACGUGGAGGAGGGCAGGAGCAACCCCGCCUUUGAGCUCCAGGAACCAAGUCCCCAGAAGGAAGAGACCAAGCUUGAUGAGAAAGACAACAAGCAGGAUUGGCCCGUCCCACCUGCCCCUUCGGCGUCCACAGCACAGAAGGGCGGGGAGCAGCUGCGCUUCACCCAGGGCAUGAGCCUGUGCGUGUGCUACGCGGCCAGCAUCGGGGGCAUCGCCACCCUGACCGGCACCACACCCAACCUGGUGCUGCAAGGCCAGGUCAACUCGAUCUUCCCCCAAAAUGGCAACGUGGUGAACUUCGCCUCCUGGUUCGGCUUUGCCUUCCCCACCAUGGUCAUCUUGCUGCUGCUUUCCUGGGUGUGGCUGCAGGUCCUCUUCUUAGGGUUCAACUUCCGGAAGAACUUUGGCUUGGGGGACCAGAUGAGGGAGCAAGAGCGAGCAGCCUCAGAAGUCAUCCAGAGAGAGCACAAGCUGCUGGGCCCCAUGACCUUUGCAGAAAAGGCUGUCACCUUCCUCUUUAUCUUAUUGGUGGUGCUCUGGUUCACUCGGGAACCAGGCUUUUUCACUGGCUGGGGUAACCUGGCUUUUUCCGACAAGAAUGGGAAAAGCAUGCCUUCCGAUGGGACAGUAGCCAUCUUAAUCGCUGUAAUUUUGUUCAUCGUGCCCUCCAAGAUCCCAGGGCUGACUCAGGAACCAGGAAAACCAGGGAAGCUGAAGGCCCCUCCUGCCCUCCUCAACUGGAAAGUAGUAAAUGAGAAGAUGCCUUGGAAUAUCGUUCUCCUUCUGGGCGGUGGCUUUGCCCUAGCCAAGGGCAGUGAGGAAUCGGGCCUGUCAAAGUGGCUGGGGGACAAGCUGACCCCGCUAGAGAGUGUGCCGCCUCCCGCCAUCGCCUUCAUCAUUUGCCUCCUGAUCGCCACCUUCACGGAGUGCACCAGCAACGUGGCCACCACCACACUCUUCCUGCCCAUCUUGGCCUCCAUGUCUCAGGCCAUCUGCCUCAACCCUCUCUACGUGAUGCUCCCCUGCACGCUCUCCAGCUCCCUGGCCUUCAUGCUGCCCGUGGCCACCCCGCCCAAUGCCAUCGCCUUCUCAUUCGGAGGCCUCCGAGUGACAGACAUGGCCCGAGCAGGGUUCAUGCUGAACGUCAUCGGGGUGCUGGUCAUCACGCUGGCCAUCAACACCUGGAGCAUCCCCAUGUUCGACCUGAACAACUUCCCCUCCUGGGCCCAGUCCAACACCACAGGCUUCUGUGGGGUCAGCCAGCCAAACAUCACAACACCUAGCCCCUGGACCGCGGUAUAAUCUGGCCCAAGCCGAGAAGACCCACUCCGUUCCUACUCCUCUGAACUGGGAGGGGACACCCAGGCUCCAAGCCAAACACUGAGAGAAAGGCACACGUAUACCUAACCUCGUGUGUGUCUGCGAGGAAGAUGUAUGUGAGCUCAGCCCUGUGUGUCUGAGGAAAGCGUGUGUAUAUGUAUGUGUAUGUACGUGUAAAGAUGGUGUGUCAUGUGAGGAUGUUCUGCAAGGGGGGUUUGUGUGUGUGAUGAUCCUAGGUGUGUAUGCUUGACAGUGUACGCGUGUGAGGUCACAGACACGACAACGUGCUUUGUCUAGCACUCCCGGGUCUUUGUCGCCCCAGCUUUGUGGGUGACCAGACCCCUUUGUCCUCUAUUUAUUGAAACUCAACAUACUGAGUGAUCCUCAGCCUCUCGGGUUUGGGGGGAGGGUUCAAUUAUCAACCCCAUUAAAGUC